AUGCUGCUGAAUCUUGGCCUCACCGCGGAUGCCGCAGCAGCUCACAUCAAUGAACCCUGCGCUCAGCCAGAAUCCCCGCCAGCUUCCAACGCCUACGCCGGUUUCUCUCUUCCUACUCUGCCCUUCCUGGACACGUUCUAUAACCGUGCCAGAGCAACGACUGAUCCGGUCCCGUCGUCCACACUGACAGGCUCUGAAUCCCGUGGAACCAUGAGCCCCGUUGCAUCAUCCCCCACGCAGGGCGAAUCGUCCACCCAAGGUAUUCCACCAGCGCUCGCCCGGCCCAAGGCGAAUCGUUCCUAUAGCUCCUCCAAGAAGUCCACCCGGCCCAAGACCUCAUACCAGCUCGCCCACCCGGCGCAUCAUGCGCGACAUAAGCGACUCAAAAUGCGGCCGAAACUCCUCCUACAACUGCAGCAGGUGUCGCAAACCCCUCGGCCCCUGCCGAUUCUAGAUAUCCUCCCGUCCACCUUGUAUUUACCCCGGUUAGCGCGCAAAUUCCCCGCAAUGUUUCGACAGAGGAAUGGACUGGGUCCGAACGACUUGAUUAUUGUGAUGAGUGAACUGUACGAGCGGACGGUGGCCAGCAUUCCGGAGAAACAAGCCAGCUCAGAAGAUGACGACGAGGACCAACGCGAGGUGGUGGCUACCAUUUGUCAGAUGCUUCACGAAGAUGCUCGCUCCAAAGGUAAAGCCGAGAUCUGUUUGAACUUUGGCCCGGUUUGGGAAGCAACGCCGCUGCCCAGUGGCUCGUACGAGUUUGUUGCCCGCUUCGAGAACGGGGUGGUUCAGGUCAUGCGAUGGGCCCUGCGCGGGGGCCGGAGUCGUCGCGUAUCUGCGCCGCCGGUGCCUGGAUCACAAUCGCAGGAAGAUAACAAGCGCUUCACGUUCAGUGUUAUUGACCCCAACACUCGCCGACACCCCGUGAUCGCCUCUAUGACGAAGAAUCAGCUCGAAAUCAACGAUGAAUACUCGGCCGUGGCUCGGUCCAGCACCGGACCCACGACCCCAAGCUCGGGGAUGUCCGUGGCCAGUGACAUGUCCGACACCGAGGCACCGGUAGAUACAAACGACACAGUUAAAUUAGACGAUGGUCUUCGGACGCUGAUCAUCGUCACUGGGAUUUGGGUCGCUUUCCGCGAAGGCUGGUCCCAUAACUUCAACUAUGGAGAUCCCAUUUCGGCGCCGAAUGUCAAAACGGUGGUCUCACCGACUCCAUCCCGAUAUGCGUCGCCCAUUUCCAUCAAGAACGAGAACGAGAAUGCAGUUGAUCGGGACGAAUUGUCUCCGGUGAAGGAGCUUCCCAACGGCGGCAAGCGGUGCAUGUCGAUCACCAGCAUGCGCCGAUCCAACACUAUUACGCCAGCUGAAGGAGCCAAUUCCUUCGGCAGUCUCUCGAAGCGUUCCAACUCAACCGGUGCUGCCUUUAUGGAUCGAGCUAAGCGUCGCACUGCCUCAGGGAUCAGCAACCGCCUCAACCGCCACAGUAUGUUACCCAACACCGGUGAGAACCGUCGCGACAUUGUCGUCUCUCGACCGCCGUCGCUGCGGCAAGCUUCGGUCGAACCCGAGCCGUCAUCUCAUCAACCCGACCGCUCCAAGUUUUCGAAAUCUGAAGCUCAGCCCGCUGCUGCCACGUCCGGAUCAGUUCUGAAUGCGGACCGCACCCCGGACUUCAGUUUGGAUGGCGCCUCCGACCAGCUCUCCAAGGACAGUGACGUCAAACAAAAACGGCGACACCGACUUAGCUCCAUUUUUACGAUCUUCCACCGAAAGAGCGGGACUCAUUGA